UAUAUUUUAUGACUGAAUUGAAAGAGAAGUAUGGACGAGACCCGAAUUAUAAGCCACAAAAUCCAAUUUUUCAACUCAUUGCGGGCGGUUGCUCGAGCAUUGUGGACGUGCUGCUAAUGCAGCCAUUGGACGUGAUCACGACUCGAUUGCAAUUGCAGAACGAUACGAUCACAGGGCCCGAUCACUAUGCUGGCAUGUCCGAUGCGUUUAGAAAGAUAUAUCGCAAGGAAGGUUUGACCGCAUUCUGGCGAGGCUUGGUACCCGUUUUAGUGAUUGACACUCCCAAGCGAUCGAUUAAAUUUCUGGUCUUCGAUCAAUCCAAGCCGCUUUUUAUGUUUGGAGCUCCAUGGCCUAGCCCGCCGACUUAUGCAUUUGCUGGUGGAUUGGGGGGCAUUGUGGAGGCACUGAUUCAAAAUCCUUUUGAGAUAAUUAAGAUUACACAGCAGGCAAGCCGGGAGAAGCUACCAUCGAUACAAGUGGCACAGAAAAUAAUUCAAAAUCAGGGCUAUGGCCGUCACGGACUGUACAGGGGCAUGCCAACGAUGGUGGCGCGAAAUUUUGUCUUCAAUGUCAUUUAUUUCGGGUCCUAUUGGUCGGUUCGAGAUGCAACGCCCACAUGCCAACGUCCGUUAACUGAGUUUCUGCGAAAUUUUUCAAUUGCUUGUGCAGCCAGUUUAGUGAGCUGCGUGGCAAGUCUUCCACUAGAUAUUGUAAAGACGAGGAUACAGGGUCCACAGCCGGUGCCGGGUAAAGUCAAGUAUAGCGGUACACUCAGCACAGUUUUACAGAUAUGCAGAGAAGAGGGCUGGAAGGCACUGUAUAAGGGCCUGCUCCCGGUGACGAUACGAAUGGUGCCUGGCGGGGCUAUUUUGCUUAUAGGCUAUGAGUAUAUCAUCAAGUUUUUGGUGUCAAAGUAUAAUAAAUAAAAUCUGACUUUUUUUUUA